CAGGUCUGCCAUUCAAUAUGCGUUGGAGCAUUGCUCCUCGCAGUACCUGGACCGUUGAAGUCACCUUCACCUUCACCGACAGCCAGAAUCUCUCAAUCACAUGGGCUGUCAUCACUCAGCCCAAUCACGAGCGCGCUCAAAGACAGCAUAUACCGCGGUGUAGACCUCGUGCUUUUUUGUUUAAGACCUGCCCCGUUGGCAGCUUUGCACGCGGCAGCUGCUGUCUCAUCGCAAGCAAGAAACCCGCGCAGCAGCAAUUGCCUCGGCGGUUAUGACGCCGUGAACCUCCACAUGAAUGGCCGCACUUGAUACUCCCUGGACAACUCAGAUGUCCCAAUCUUCAAAUCCCAAGGAGGGGUCUCCUCAGGCAACCGGAGAUCCAAACCCGCCCACCUUCGCUGCCUUUUCUCCGAGUACUCUGGGCCACUAUCCGGCCGUCACCAAACAACGCUCCACGAUCCUAGUACAUCAAAAAUCGCCUCUACUGGUUGCGACGCCCCCGCAAGUUACCCGCGCACUCGCCUACUCGCAUCCCUUCCUGCUGCCGCUGAACAAGCUCGCCGGCUUGCUGUCAUGGACAACGGGCGAUCCAUGGGAAAGCUUUCUUUUCCUAGCUGCCUUCUGGGCUUUGGUACUCUAUGGCGGUACGGUGCUAAGGUUGGCCGGACCACUAGUAGGAGUGGCUGGCAUCAUACUUGGCAUGUAUUCGCGUAGGUAUUCGCCGCUCUCUUCGACGGGAUGGACCGGAGAAAAGGGAACGGCGGGGCAUAAGAGAGGGGAGUCGGAAAUCAACACGAUGCAUCAGAAGAGCCUAGAGGAUAUCGUGGAAUCCUUGAAGCUGUUCACCUCCAGGUGUAACAUUUUGUUGGACCCUCUGAUCCGGAUGACAGACUUCCUCUCCACGCAGCGGACCGCCACAUCUGCGACUACUCGGCCUGCACUUACAACACUGUUCAUCCGGAUUCUUCUUCUCACUCCCUUCUGGCUUCUUCUUACUCUUCCUCCCUUGCGCAUCAUGACGACAAAACGAGUUGUCCUAACGUUUGGCACGAUGAUCCUUAGCUGGCAUUCUCGACCCGCCCGUGUCUCUCGCAUAAUACUUUGGCGCUCAAGGCUAGUUCGCAGGACCGCUGCAACAAUAACGGGGCUUCACUUUGCAGAGCCCGCUGUCCGACCGGUCGGGAUUGGAAAACCCCCGCCGUUACCGCCUCGGACUCAAAAUGCAAACGCAAUAGCUGCGAGUCUUGUUGCAAAGCGCCGGGCAGAUUCCACUGGAGUGCGCUUCACAUUUGCGGUUUAUGAGAACCAGCGGCGUUGGCUGGGUAUUGGAUGGACGUCAUCUUUGCUUGCCUACGAGAGGCAGCCUUGGACUGACGAGCACUUGAAUCCGGCACCGGACAAGGACCACUUCGAUCUUCCGGAAGUCGAAGGCGGCAACACACGAUGGAGGUGGGUGGAAGGUAGUGAAUGGACCGUCGAAGGAGCAGAAAACAACGAUGACGGAGAGGAGGGAAAGUAUGAUUCCGGUCGUGAAUGGGUAUAUUAUGACAACAAGUGGCGUGACGGUCGUCGCGGGCAAGAUGGAUGGGGUCGAUAUACUCGGCGGCGCAAGUGGUGCCGCAACGCAGAGCUAGUCGAGGUUACCCCUUCGACGGAGAUCACACCAAUGCCCACCCCCAAGGUCGAGCCAGAAGAACCCACAUUCUCCGAAGCAGACACAGCUCAAGAGAGACCCCCUUCGGAAUAUUCCAUCUCCAUGAAAGACGAUGAUAGCAAAAUCAGGAAGAGGCGUUGGUUCGGACGCAGGCCAAGCAGGGCAGCGAGUGAGAAGAGCAACGUCGACAGCUUCGAAAGCGGAGACUUGGAACUUCGGAGCGAUGAAGAGGACGUACAUACGCCGCUUCGCUAUCAUCAGAGGGAGGGCGAGUGGGGAUUGGGCGAUGAAGCCAGGAUGGGUCUGGAGUAAUGCCGUGGUCCCUGUCGGUCCUAAAAUGCACAGUGUGCAAGGUAUUGGCACUGGCACCGGUUUCAGUCGUCGAAAUGGUUCUAGCAAUCGGGUUUCAACUGGCAACCAAGAAAAAAUCCACAACGUAGGUAGGUAUAUCAUGGCACCA